CUGCUCUUACAGUAAAUAUUUGUGUUUGCUCAACCGGCUGUAAUGGUGGACGACUGAGGCUGAAAAGAGAGGACUAAAACCACGAAAUAUUGUUUUUAAUCGACAACACGCCUUGCCGCGAGUAGGACUAAAGCUUCGGCGAAGAUGGAUGAACUCAAACAUCAAGUUAUGAUUAACCAGUUUGUCCUGACGGCCGGGUGCGCGGCGGAUCAGGCGAAGCAGCUUUUGCAAGCCGCACAUUGGCAAUUUGAGACUGCCCUCAGUGCCUUUUUCCAAGAAACAAAUAUUCCAUACGGCCAUCAUCAUCAAAUGAUGUGCACCCCCGCCAACACGCCAGCCACGCCUCCCAACUUCCCGGACGCUCUGACCAUGUUCUCGCGUCUGAAGGCGUCGGAGAGCUUCACCAGCAGCAGCCCCAUGGGCCUGGCCUCCAUGGCGACAUCCCCGCCUCCGCAGGCCUCCUGGGGAGCGGCGCCCCCCAACGCGCCCCCGCAGGGACUCUGGACUCAGGGGCAGCCCCCCUCGCAGCCGCUCCACCCGCCCGCCUGGCCCGCGGGGGUCAACAUGGGCCCCCACCCACACGUAGCCUCCGAGCAGAAGGCUAGUGUCGCCAUGGAGGCAGAGAGAUGAGGGGCCAGGACUGAUUGGCCUCGUCUGGGGAGGAGGGGAGGGAGGGAGGGAGGAAAGUCGGGGAGGAGCGGCGAGGAGUGGACUAUCUUCUCUUUUUUCGAAACUGAGAGGAUGGAUAGUCGGGAUAGGUGGAUGGUGAGAGGGGCGAGAGAGCUACACAAACCAAGAAAAACCAAGCAACUACUACAUGGACAAUUGAUGAGGAGAAUGAAGUGGAAAAACAUCAGUUAAAAAACGAUGAUAAAAAAAAAUGUAUAAAGGAACGCGCACACAUAGUAAUAAGAACAAGAGCAGCAGAAGUCUUUGUUAGUCUUGAUUCUCUCAGUAUAAUAAUAGAUAAGAGAAUUGUAGGAACUAAGAAUCGUCAUGCCCAAGGAUAUUUCAUGUUCUCUGAAACAAGGACAUCAACGGCAGCAAGAUCUUUUUUUUCGUCUUCUAUUCCUUAUGUUCAUCCAGUGCUUUUCACGACUGGAAACCUUGUGUCGAGAAGCGUUGGUGCCGCAGAGUGCGAGGAAGCAGUUAUAUAUGUUAUCUUAGUAUAUUCACAAGCGGGUGUGUGCGCGUGUGAGCAGUCUAUAAUGAUGUCACACGCGCGCGCCCGCACAGACACGAGCAUACUUCAGCUAGCGGAUGGGAGAAAACGGCAGCCCUUAGCUCUGUGGCUUGUCUGCAUAAUGCCACUAUCAUCCCUCUGCCGUUACUAAUGUUUACGUCACUCAGCGUUGGCCUCCGUUGAGGCGGAUCUAAGGCCAAGUUAGCAUGUGUUAGCAUUAGCCUGCCUGGGGCUGAGGAAAUGGUGUCUAGUACUAAAAUAUAGAUUUUUUUUUCCAGUUUCUUUUUGUGGACAGCAUUAUUCAGCUGGUUUCAGAAGUCUUUAGAGCCAUCAUGGCACAGAGGAGCCAUGGAGUGUUAUUAGAGGUGGAAGGUUUGAUUAGAAGUAGAGAUUAAAUCACAGUGGCGGUAGAGGAAUGGCAGUGGCAGCAUGCCCUUGGUGGAUCUGGGACAUCAGGACAAACACAAACAUCCGGUAUUUUCAACCUCAUACUAAAGGUGGGACCUUUCUUACCUCACCCGGUGGUCACCUGGACAUCUUUCAGCCAAUCAGGGAUUCUCAACCGUUGUUGAUAGCAACACAGGACAUUUUUUUAGGACAAGUUUUACUAAAGGCAUAAGCGCUGAUGUUCAUGGCAAACCGCUUUGCUUUCAAUUGACUGAUGAAAAACGACUGUCUACGGCAAUGGUUGUACAGGUUUGGGUAUUAUUAUAAAAUCAUGGUUUGAUAUAAUAUAGUUUCUUUCAUUUUCUUGUGAGGGGGGCUGAAAAGAGGCUUUGAAAGUGGGUGGGAUUUUCUGAUUGUUUUGUGGGGAAGGGCCAAUCAAAGCAGCUAUUUAUGAAAACAAAAAGCUUCAGAAAAAAACAACCAACCUAGUCCAUACUUGUGGACUCUUUGUAAGCGGACUGCCACUUUGCAUGAUGUGUUUCAUCGACUGUACCAUGUUUUGUAGCAUAUUUCCAUGAGAAGCCAGCCGUACUGGCUCCACAGGACUCCUGGUCUGGGUCAAACCCGUCACACCUUCUGACUUUGGUUUCACCUGUUUGAGUUCACCCACGGAGAUGAGACUUUAUGUCACAAAAGAGCAAAACUGGGGUUGUAAUUAAGUUCACUGCAAUCCUUGGAAGUAUUUGAUCUACUGUAUUUGUCGACCCCCCCCCCCCCCCCCCCCCCCCCCCCCCCCCCCCCCCCCCCCCUCAGAGUGGUAGGUCAGAGAGGUAGUACAGCCGGCUACAUGUGUGUGGGGGUGGUGCGGGGAUAGACAUGGAGCACUGCUAAACAGAGUAAUAAGAGACUCUGAUUUAAGGCAAUAUGUUAAUGCAGGGUGCAUGAGCACCUUUCAAUUGUUCGCUUCUGGUUUCGGAAGAUUAUUUUGAAUUUGAUAAAAGAGGGAAAAAAGGACAAAAACAUUAUGAACAUUAGCUGGAACUUUUUGGGGGAAGUGACAGUGAGGACUUGGAUGAGGACCCUUUCCCACGAAGAUACAGGAAAUCCAGAUUUUGACGAGUAACCCUAUUUCUUUUUUUAUUUGACUAAAAUAAUGUUUCAUCCCUUUUGCAUCCUCCUUCACUGUCUCUGGACUGGGAGCCCCUCGGAACUGGCUGUUUCUGCCUGUUCCUGGUGCCUGUUUUCCCUCUGUAUGACUGUAUACCAUUCCCACAAUAUUUGUGGACUACCUGAUAAUUAACUUAUCAUUUUUUGUGUUCCUAAAUAAAUAUUGUAUGUCGA